AUGUUGGAUUCAAGUUUCUAUAACAUCUAGUCCAUAAACUUGCAAUCUGUGAAGCAAGUGUAUCAGAGCGCAGUGUUGGAGGUACAUGAUGUCUGUGGCUGAGGAAAGUAGGGAACUCUGACGGGAGGUGUGUUGUGUUUGGGAAGAUCAGCACGUAUUGGCACUGGAUAAUCACAAGGUACUGGUUAUCUUGCUUCGUUAAGAUAAGCAGCAGAUACAGAUAUUGGCUGCUAUUGCCGAGUUAUCACAGCGUGGCGUUUCCUGUUGUCAGUUGUCGGUGCCUCCUGCAACCAGUGCCUUGGAAUGGCGUUUGUUAAGAAAACACUGUUGUUAGUGUCGUUAUUUUGCUUCAGCUGUAGUGCCGCUGAUAUUACCUGUACCGAGGACUAUUGCUCAGACUACGUGGACUCCAGCGGCUGCCCCGCGCUGCCGGACGCCUGCAACGGCAGCGCCAGCCUCGCCGACUACUUCCCGUCCCCGACGACGUGCAGCUGUUGCCGGACCUGCCUCGUGCACCUGGGGGAGAACGAGACGUGCGCGCAGGGCGUGGCGGGCGCGCCGACCACGCAGUCCGUGUGCGGGCCGGGGCUGACCUGCACCAAGCAGGCGGGCCAGGAGCGCGCCACCUGCCAGCAGAUGUCCACGCCGUGCGUGCGCUUGCAGAAGGCCUACGACGAGCGCGCGAAGAACGCCCAGCCGUUGAUGACGGAAGUGCGGCCCCAGUGCAACGCCCGAGGGAGGUUUGCCCCGGCGCACUGCAUCCUGGGAUCAAUCUGCUACUGCGUCGCCCCGACCGGCGAGCGGAUAUUCGGGGAGCAGGCGUACACCUCCCCCUCCCUGCUCAGAAACAUGACGUGUGACUGCGCGCUGGCCGCGUGGACAGCGGAGCAGCUGCUGGGGGCUCACGUCAGCACCGCGCGCUGCCUCGCCAACGGCUCAUACGACCCGCUGCAGUGCGUCGGCGACAAGUGUCUGUGCGUCAACGCCACGGCCGCGCCCGUCGACGCCGUCACCGCGCACCCGCUCUUCAUCUCCAACGCCACUCUGUCCUGCUUCGACCCCAGGCUGCACGUGGAGGGAGUGUUCGAGGGCCCGUGCGAGCAGCGACGCGAGGACGCCUGGAGCCAGCUGGAGCUCGCCCGGCUGGAGGGGGCGGAGGCCCUGGGGGUGGACCUGCCCCGCUGCUCGCCCGACGGCAAGUUCCACCGCGUCCAGACCAAGGGACACACGAAAGUGUGUGUGGAUCCAGAGGGAAACCAGUUGGAAGACUUCGCUGUGGAUGUUGAUAACACCAAUGCCACAGGCAUGAACUGUAACUGCGCGCGGACGCGCUGGGUGCUGGGUCAGGCGGGACUGGCGGAGCUGCCGGCCUGCGCGGCCAACGGGAACUUCCGGCCCCUGCAGUGCUUCCGAGGGAAGUGCUUCUGCGUGGACGACGACGGCAACCAGCGGGACCGCGAGGUGGACGCAGACUCGGUCGGCUCCCUGGUCUGCCAGCCGCACUAGACGUCUCGUGGACUUGCACUGCCCUGCUGUCUAGUGCCUCAUCUUGUUUAAAGUUUAAGGAAGUGUAUGAACCGUGAAUCCUUAUUGCAGCUCUAUAAAUAUUUCAUGUUUUUGAACUCUACUUAUCGGUCUGCUGGUACGCAAGAGAAUUGGGACUGAAACUUUCAGGCCACGAUACCCACACCUUCCAUAAAUGCCCUAAUGACAUGUCUUAUCUUGAAACUCUGCUUCUGCGAGUACUGUUUUUUUUCUUCUAAUUUUGAUCAAAAGUUCAUUUGAGUAUCAAAUUAUUCACAAAUAUUAAAUGUUUUUUUAAUAAAAUCGAAUCAUACAGUGAAACUUUUUUUCUACUCCAAGAAAAAUUCAUGCAAAAUACAAUAAAACGAAAGAGAGAAAAAUUUUAUAUGUAUGAAACCAUUAAUGAGAGGCGUAAAUUAAAAAAAAAAAAAACUAGCAAAGCAUUUCCUUAAACCAAUAAAAUUUUAAGUUUGAAAAUUGUUUUGUUAAUCCAACUGAUUAUACUAUAAAUAAAGAUAGAGUAUUUUUAAUCAUAAUCACAGAUUAUUUGUUAUGUACUAAAAAUGAUGUAUGUGCAAUGUUGCAGAAAACAAAUUUUGUCAAUAAAUUCUUCUUAGCCUUAUAAACA